UCCUGCCUCCUGCCUUCCUUCCGUUGACCGAAUAAUUGAGUUGCUUGCUGCUCUGGAUUGAGGAUUAAUUCGUGUGAUUGAUUGAUUGAUUGCUGAAUUGACUGUUUUGUUAGAGAAUCUGAUCCGUGUAAUGGUCCUAUGAUAUUAGGGAGCAUACUGGAAAUCUGAUGCUUGCAUAGUUUACCUGCUCUCAGUGUACUGGUCUGUGAAUGGAAUCAGUGGAGCUUCUUACCUGCUCUCAUUCUACUGGGGUGUGAGUACGUCAGUAGAGCGCCUUGUGCGUAUUUGGAAAUUAGGGCUAUGCUCUGCAAGCAACUUUAGUGUCUGCACAGCGAAGCGAGCACAUUUUGCGCUCAUUGUCUCACCUUAAAUCCAUCCAUUGAGCGAUUUUGAGCGGUACUGCUUAGAUGUUUGAUCGAUUGGUGGGUUGUGUUGGGUAGGAGCUAAAACAUCGCUGCUGGUAUUUGAUUGGCGAUUCUGCUGACCCACUUAAUUGUCGUAAUGUGUUGCGUAUUUUAGAAAUUUGCUCUUUAAAUGUGCUGCUGCUGCUUUCCAUUUGCGAGAGGACGCGUGUAAGUUUGACGGUUUGUCGUAGUUUAUCCUGCUGGCUCCUGUAAAUCUGCUCCUCUGCUCCCCCGCCUCUCUUAUCGAAAGCCCCCAAUUUAUUACCCUAAACCUGCAUCAAUUCCAGCCCCCCUCCCCCCUCUCCUCCCAUAUCUAUCCGCCGCAGUCCUGAGGAAGCUCUGACCCCCUAUUGCUGCCCACCGAAUCCUGUAGAGAUAUCUACUUUGGAUAUUUGCUCUUUAAAUGUGCUGAAUAUAUUUUGGAAAUCUGCUCUUUAAAUGUGCCGCUGCCGCCGCCGCUGGUUUCCAUUUGAGAAUGGAUGCAUGUAGGUUUGAAGUUUUUGUCAUAGUUUGUCCUGCUGGCACCCGUAAAGCUGCUCCUCGGCUCCCCUGCCCUCUCUCUCUCUUAUCGAAACACACCAAUUUAUUAGCCUAAAUCUGCAGCAAUUCCAGGCCCACUCCCCCCUCUCCUUCACCCAUAUCUCACCGCCGCAAUCCUGCAGAACCUCUGACCCCUAUUGCUGCCUGGCGAAUCCUGUAGAGCUAUCUAGUUUUUUCUCUCUUUUCUUCUUCGGGGCCGGGGAACAUGUCGGCCAUGGUGACCGAGGGGGGGUUCGGGUUCGGGUCAGGAGGGUGGAUGUGGGAGCAGGACAUGGUGUUUGAGAAUGCACUGCUGUUGGUGGAUCUGCAGGAGGGGGAGGCCGUGUGGAACAACAUGGCCGGCGUCGUUGAGGUGAAGAAGGGGUCCGGAUCCGGGUCCGGGCCCGGAGGGUGGACGUGGGAGCAGAACAAGGCGUUUGAGAAUGCGCUGGCGUUGGUGGAUCUCGGGGAGGGUGAGGCAGUGUGGAACAAGAUAGCCGAUGCUGCUGGGGGGAAGACAGCCGAGGAGAUCAAGCGGCACUAUGAGCUGUUGGUGGCGGAUGUGGACGCCAUCGAGGCGGGCCGGGUGCCGCUGCCUGUGUACACUGACGGCGGGAGUCCUGAGGAGGGAGGCUCCGGCGGGAAGAAGGGCUGCGGCAGGGUAGGAGGAGGACGGGGAGGGCAUGGGCAGAAGGUGUCAUCCAAGUCUGUCAAGCGGGAGAUGCAUGUUACCUUCUUGACAGACUCAAUGACACUUACAACUUUAGUUUGUCACAUGUUACCUUGUGCAUGAAAAAUCUUUACUCAGAUGUCAGAAACUUAGAACUGUGGUUACUCAUGGAAAAAGGGUUUUUCAAAUGUGUUCUAGGCACUAAACAGAUUUAAUUGUUUAAGUGAAGGAACCCUUUGGACUAUUUCUUCACACAUUUAUUUUCAUUGUCUGGGUUGACUGAUUUUAGUACAUUUUCUCAUGCUAGUUUGCUAUCCUAAUAUACUAAAAUGUUAGAAAUUGAACUUAUUGUGGCAAGUAAAACUCAACUUCCAUUUAGUUGAGUCAAUAUAUUUCAGAUAUGGAACCUUGUACAGUACUCCCUCUGUCCCAUAAUGUAAGAUGUUUUUUGACACUUGUGUAGUGUCAAAAAACGUCUUACAUUAUGGGAUGGAGGGAGUACAUUUCUUUCCUUCUAAAUGUGAAUUCAAGUACAUCAUCAAGCAUUUCACAUUUUCUGUGGCACUACGUAAUGGUGUACUUCUUUUAGAAGUUCUGCUCCUUGCUUCUAUAAAUUCUACGUAUGGUUUCUCAUCAGUUGGUGUAUACAUAUAUAGCACCUUUUGGGCAAAUGAAUUAUUCAGUGCUCUGUGUUCAAAGCUUUCAACCCUGAAAGCACAUGUUCGUUUGGGCAUGUGCUAUAUGUACCAUUAGAAGUAGUCCACAUAUUUCUGUCAUUUGCCGUUCUUGUGAAAUUCCAAAGUAGAUGAUCAGUGGUUGUGAUCAUUUCAGUGGCUGAAUAGGUAAUGUUAUUCAUAAUUAACUCGAGAAGCUAAUUUCAGUACUGACUGCAUUUAAAUAUUUAAGGAGAAGUGCGCGUUUGCAAACUGAUGGAUACUGCCUCCUCCAGGGUUAUCUUUACCUGUCACUGAUCUAUGCUAUGACCUGAUUCCAAAC